GGUGGAGUCCCCGGCUGGGGGUCUCGCCGCUGCACCCGCUUGGCGGGCCCGGCCUGGCCCGCCCCCGUCCCUUCCUCCGCCGCACUGCCGGCCCGGCUGCCUGGCUUCCUCCUCCUCCCCGGCCGGGAGGCGGGGGAUCCUCCACGCGGCCCUGCCUGCCUGCCUGCCUCUCUCCUCCAGCGCUCCAAUGUCGGAGGAGGCGGGCGCCGGGCCGGGGGGGUCGAGCUCGGGACUUUGCUGGGCCUCGCUGCUUUCCUGCUUUAGCCUGGCCUGUUUCUACGUGGGUAGCCUCUAUGUUUGGAAGAGUCACCUGCCCAGGGACCACCCUGCUGUCAUCAAACGGCGAUUCACCAGCGUCCUCAUUGUGUCCUGCCUAUCGCCAGCCUUCAUCUGGGUCUGGAAAGAGGUGACAGGUGUUAAGCCAGGUACAUCCCUUCUUGCUCUGAUGGGCUUCCGGUUUGAGGGCAUCUUACCAGCAAUGCUGCUGCCUUUGCUGCUAACCAUGGUCUUAUUUCUUGGCCCCCUCAUCCAGCUGUCGAUGGAUUGCCCUUGGGACCUGGUGGAUGGUUUAAAGGUUGCAUUUGACCCCCACUUCUGGGUGCUCUGUCUGACCGACAUGCGCUGGCUCCGCAACCAGGUCAUCGCGCCACUCACAGAGGAGCUUGUGUUCCGCGCCUGCAUGCUGCCAAUGCUCAUCCCCUGCACAGGAUUGGGACCUGCUGUCUUCACCUGCCCACUCUUCUUUGGGGUUGCUCAUUUCCAUCAUGUGAUUGAGCAGCUGCGGUUCCGCCAGGGCAGCAUGGCUAGCAUCUUCCUCUCAGCAGUGUUCCAGUUCUCCUACACAGCUGUGUUUGGAGCAUACACAGCCUUCAUCUUCAUCAGGACAGGGCACCUUGUUGGGCCUGUCCUCUGCCAUUCUUUCUGCAACUAUGUUGGAUUCCCUGCCGUGGGUGCAGCUCUGGAGCACCCACAACGCCUCCUGGUGGUGUUCUUCUAUUUGUUGGGUGUGGUCCUCUUCCUUCUCCUCCUGCACCCCAUGACGGAUCCAGCCUUCUUUGGACACCUGCCCAUCUGCUCCCUCUCCAGGUUGUCCUCUGCUGCCAACAGUAUCAGCAGCCUAUCCCUCUGUUCUUGACACCAGCAGAGACCCUUUCUCAGACUUCGCCCUUGCACACACACGGUAGCAUAUGGCUACACUGCAAACUUUUAAAAACGGGUUUUCAAACGGCUUUCUUGGCAUAGCUGCCCGCUGCAUGCUGGGAGCUUUAGUUGGGUGAGGGUGCCACGAAGCACUAGAGCCUGCCUCCCACGGCUCUGGUGGCUGGGUGAUUCUGGGAGAAGCCAUUGGUUAAGCCGGAUUACAGUUGGCAUGCAGCUGUGCCGGUGUUCUUGCACACCUCUCUGCCCUUGAGCCAGCCACCCCCUUUUUGUAGAACCCCGGGGGGCCUUUUCCUCCCAGCCCCGAAGAGCUCUAUUUUUUAUUAUUAAAAGUACUUUAAUGAGGCUGUCCUGUCCUUCCUUUGGUCAGCAGAGAGCAGUUUUCCUGUGGGGAGGGGCUGGUGUGGUGGCCAGAGCAGUCAGACCCUGAGCCUGGCAAGACACUCCAGCCAGUGGGUAGGCCAGCCAUCCUCUUUCCACCUAAGCUGGCUCUCGGGGUUGCUAGGAGUACAAAACGGGGAGGCCCAAUAUAUACCACACUGAGCAGCCUUUGAGGAAGGCAAGGGUGUAGAAUUGUGCCUGUCCUAGCAUGAGCUGAGACGUGUCUUUUGGGACCGUUGUGAUGCCGGUAUAGUGUAGCACAGUUUGUGGGGAACCUGCCUGUGUGGGCAUAAGUCCUUGCAGAGGUCUUACUCCUAAGCAGCAGGGAACAAGUCUGCUUGAGGUCCUCCACCCCUGCUUUUUGAUCUCCCUCACUGAACUAGAUGUCCUGCAAAGCCGUCUGUGUCUAGGCCUUUAUAAAAGUUCAUCUCUCCUAAACCAGGGCAACUUUAUCAGGUUGUGUGUGUGUGUG